AUGGCGUCGAGUAGAGCAUUUGCCGGGCCCCCAUCCCAAGCAUCUGCAUCCACGCCUGUUAACGGUGGCUCCGCUGACGACCCAGGUGAUCUUCCACCACCGUACCAAGCAAGGGGAGGGAUCACCUCGGAGACUUCACACGGGCACUUAUUCGCGGACGAACCACCACCGGACUAUGAGGAAUCAAAUUCUGGUUCUCGCAGAACAACAAUGGAAGCAGCGUCGGUUGCCAUUGCUCAGAGCUUACACGUCAUUCCAGAGACUGCCUUGUACCUGCUGGGCAAAGGCGGACAAUCAAUAAGGAACCGUGUAGAGGAUGAUCGCACUGAUUUCUUAGACCCAUCUAUCUGGAAAUUCGAGCUGGCUUGUUUGGUUUGCUUUGAGUAUGCAACCAAGUGCUGCUGCCUAUCGGGAUACCCGGUCAUCAGCGUCGAGCCUGGCACUCUCCCCAACGCGAAGAUGCCGAACAAGACUUUCCCACACCGCGCAGGUCUCGUUCGGGAGCUGGGUGGUCAGAAGCCGGCGCAUAUGGCGUCGGUCGUUGCACAUUCACUAUGGCCUGUGAUUUGCCAGGGGAUGAUUCCUAUAUUUAACGAGAACCGACUUGUCGUGCUUCGUUCCAAAGCUCUCGACCAAGCUGUGAAUCCUAAAGAUAUCCUCAAACUCAUGCGCAAGCCCUGCACUCGGUCUUCGGCACAAAAUUGCAACUGUUGUGGAAAUCUCAUCUGCGAGAAGGUUGUCACGAGACAUGGUCUUCGUAGAAACAAGGAGGCCUUGCGAAGAGCCACGAUAUACACGUACACGAUCCGUGGAAGAUCUAUCUCCGCGGUACAAUUGAUCAACGGAAAAACUUGUUUUGAUCUCAAAGAGCUUGGUUUAAUCGACAUGGAUACGUUUGCUGAGGAGGAUUUCCUAUUUUAUUGCUCCAUUCUUCCGACUUUUGGACUGAAGGGGACAUCGAUGAGGAUCAAAGACCCAUAUCUUCUUAACUGGGACCAGCUUUUAAUGAGCCUUCUGCAAGAAACGUUGUCGUGCGAGAGAGGGAAGACUAAUAGAUAUGAACCGGUCACUGCUACCAAGCUUAGUUAUAGAGAUACCGUCCACGGCGUGCUUCGCGGCGAAAACUUCGGAAUCGGCCCGGGAUUUCUAGUACUAGAUUGGCCUCACCCUCCUCGAGCAUCAUCAAAGCCGGUUGUGGAGAGCGGCUACAUCAUGGGACUCGUAAUGGGAAUCAAUCAGCCUCGUCGUGCGGAAAGGGCUGGAUUCUUUUCCACCUUGGGUAGCGCACAACCUGUCCUAGAUGACCUACCAGGUAGUCCAAAGGAUGGGUGGACAAAUCUAACUUUCGAUACCAAGGAGUCAGACACGCCAACAUUGAAGAAGGGAUCUGGUUUCAUCAGCCAGAGAUCGCCAGUCGGAAUGGCAAAGCGCCCGGUCCCGGGUGUUGUGUGCUACCAGAGAUGCAACGCGACAGAGAAGAAUAAGAGAAUUCAAGCGCAUUUUGCAGGCUUCGCCCCCCCUGCAGAAGGUGGUGAGGAGACGACAGUUUAUAUCAUCGGAGACAAUGCGAUUAGAUGCCUCUCUAUUUCUUGA